AUGGAGCAAAGGAAGCUGGAGUUACGUGGUAGACCAGCAUUGAACAUGACAAUUCCGAUGAGUGUUUUUGAAGUGAAGGUUCAAGUGAAGGUCCUAGUGAAGAGAGGAAACAAGCAACAAACAAGGCAAAUGCUAAUCCCGAGUGAUUGUUUGCUAGUGCAGAGCACAAAACAGAAAGAGGCUGCUGAUUUGGAAGAGAAGCAAGAUAUCAAAAGGUUAGUACUCGAGUACAAUGAGAGAGACGAAGAGGAAGCUAACGGGUUAGGGUCACAGAUGUUGAACUGGACACCUGGAGGAGGCAGAGGUGAAGGGAGUGGCAAGGGUGGUGGAUCCCGUCACCGGUUUUUCUAUCAUCAAGGUGGUGGUGGUUCUUAUCAUGCCCGGAGAAAGUAA